AUGUUUCAAGCAGUUACAAGUCAACAGAUUAGAUGUUACAAAGGUCUGAAAUAUGUUGUCGGACAAGAUGCUUAUCAAGAUACUGAAGAUUGUGAGCCAAUCCUCGGCAUAGGUGAUGCGUACUGUUAUCGAUUCUACGAGGAAUCAGCCAUUAACGAAGUGAUGAAAAUGGGAUGUUCGAAUGUGAUCUGUAACGCUUUUCGUAACACAUGUGUUGAAACGGAACUGACCGGAAUCAAAGGACGUUUGUGUUGCUGUAGUGAUCGUCAUUACUGUAACGGGAGCACAAGCACAAAACGGAUGAUGCUUGUUCCGUUUGUUAUACCAAUCAUUAUAUUCUUUGUUGUCUUUCUGGAAAUUAUGAUCUCAGAUUUGUAA